UACACAUCUUUUCCUCAUUCCCUCCGUCGUCGCCGUCACCGUCCCUUCUAUCCGUUCUUUAUUCCCUUCGCCGUUCGAACCUCUUCCUCCGUCCGAGUGGAGCCUUCUCCCUCCCUCUCGUCGUCGUCGUCGUCGUCUGUGAGGUUCUGAUUCUUAUAACGUGCUUUUAUUGAGGUGUCUGUAGCUUGUAUAGUUUAUUUAAGUUCUUGAAAAAGAGUCUCUGAGUAUAUGAGUGAUCAUGGGGUCAGCAUGUUGUGUUGCUUCAAGAGACAGAACAAUUCCCAGCAGAACUCAAAGUCAGCAUUCAAACAGGAACAUAACAUGUUCUCCAUCAUGGAGUUUCCGAUGGGAUAAUCGAAGGCGUGUGGCUGGUGAAAUUGAGGAGCCUUCAUAUCUGGUGUCCCAUGGAAUCAGCAGGGAUGUUAGUAUGGAGAUAAAAGGUGCUCUGGGCUCUGGCAGAGGCAAUCUUUCUGAUCAGGGAAGUCCGCUCCAGAACUAUGGAACACCCACCUCUCAAAAAUCACCAGUCCAUGAAGAAGUAGGCAGGAAUUUAUUGACUCCUCGUUCAGAAAUAUCUACAGCCAGCAAUUAUUCUACAGAGGUAAGGAACUUGGCAGAAUCACCAGAUAAUGCAGGUUCAUCUGCCCCAAAGCUAUCAUUUCCAAUGACUUCAUCAUUCUCGCCACCAGUUACGGAUACCUCGCGUACUCGUCUACAUCCUCCAAACUCAACACCUUCCAGACGGGCUCGCCAUUCACCUGGUCAUCGGUUGUUGAGGCAGGUUUCUGAUAGUCGAAUCCUUGGAUUGAGAUCACCAAACAACUGCUCAUUAUCUGAAGGAAGACCAUCUUUUGUAUUAUCAGCAUGCAGCAAUGACCUAAUGGCUGGAUCGCAUGGUUCUGAUGGCUGGUCCAUGCGCACUUUUUCUGAGCUUGUAGCCUCUUCACAAAGAGAAAGGUGGUCUUUUGACAGUGAACAUUUCGGUUCUGGUCAUGGCAAGAUAAGUGGAUGUAGCAGCAUGUUCUCAUAUUCUCCAUCCAUGGAUCUGCAAAUGUGUGGGGCUUGCUCGAAGCUCUUGACAGAGAGAUCAUCAUGGGCAAGCAAUGAGCUCUCAGUGGUUUCUGUACUUGUCUGUGGACAUGCUUACCAUGCUGAAUGCUUGGAGAUCAUGACAUCUGAGGCUGACAGAUAUGACCCACCAUGCCCAAUAUGCAUGGUUGGAGAAAAGCAGGUCUUGAAGAUGUCUAAAAAGGCUAUAAAAGAAGCAGAGUUCAAGUUGAAAAGUCUUAAGAUGUUGAAGAAUAGGGUUGUGCAUGGUUAUGUUGAUGGUGAUUGUGAUGAUCUCCAUCACCGAAGAAAUGCCAAACUAGAAGGUAAAGCUCCAAAGUUAGAACCAAGUUCCAGCACAAGAAACUCCUUAGCAAAGCCCUUCCUGAAACGGCACUUCUCAAUUGGAUCCAAGUGGGGUAGAUCCCUGUUGGAGAAUGAUUCUGCGAGGAAGAAGGGUUUCUGGGCCAGAUAUUGGAAAGAUUAAGUUCCCUGCCAUACCAGUGAGAUAUGGAGUGAGUGCCUCUUAUUAUCAGCAAGCAUGCUUCUGGUUACAUUUCCUUCCAAGGGUUCAAUAGAAAAGCUGCAAAUACAUGUAUCGCAGGGAAGACUGCAAUGAUCUCCCAUUGAAGCUUUCAACACAAUCUCUAAUCUCACUUCCCUAUAGUUACAGAUCCCGCACCUCCUUUUAGGUAAUACCAUCAGCUGCGUGGCCAUCGUACAGAAGCCACCUUGACGCACUGAAUCACUUGAGCCACUAGUGAUUUUUUGUGGCCUGUUUUGGUUAAGGCUUGAGCCUGCAACCAACUUUGAAUUGGUCUACAAUAAAACUUUACCAGUAACUUUGCAGGGAAAUAAGAUGAAUCUUAACUUUAAGUUGGAUAUUGUAGGAACUCUAGUAUUUUCUGGAGCUUGAUUCCACUGAAUGGUGGAAUGAGCAUUACUUGUUCGUGUAGGAGUCAUCUUUAAAUUAUAAUUGAGUAUUUCUCACUUUUGACUUGCUUGGAUCUUAAUGGAAAAAGGGCGAAAAAUGAAUUUCACAUGCUUGC